UGGUGAAGAAGCCCUUGGACAACCUUACGUUUGAACUCCCACACUCGCCUUUCCUACUGGCCCAGCUCGGACUCAGCUCAUUUCAUAUUCCUCUCCACCAGUUUCUAUUUUAUCUGCUUUCUUGAUCGGAACGCCGCAACACCCCUGCUCCGUCCACGGGUAGUUCGACCCUUAGUGCGGGACUGAGCCUUCGACCUGCGUCGUGAAGGCCCUAGAGAGAGAUAGACCGGUACUUUACCAGAUGACGUUCACGGCCCAAUGGUUCGUUCCAAAGUUGACUCCAAACCCUACUUUUUGACCGAUCCCGCGGAUGCAUCGAUCGUUGCCGCAGAACCGCGCGUGUCGGCGGCUGCAUCCAGAGUUCCAACUGCAUAAACUUCAUAUUCCAUUUUCUACUUUCCCCUACAAGCCCUUCGAUUGUAUAGAUACCUUUUCUGUUGGCCAUAGUCGAAGAAGAUAUUCUAUCCCCAACAACAGGGGAUUCUGUCGAACUUCUGCGGCGGCGAAGACUUCGACGCAGUCUGCCAACCUGAAGCUACCAGGAGCGCUUAAUCCGCUUACAGCUCAGAUUAGCCGGCUUCUUGUGACAAACAAGGGAUCUGACAUAUAUCCAUUUUACUCAUCCGAAGGUGCUAUACUAGAUAUCCGCUUCAUAACGCCACGGUCAUUCCAUUGGGAAAGCAUCUGCUACAAGUCCAACGUAUUGACAAUCACUACCAUUCCAUACUAUCAAAUCGUUUCAUCAUGUGCAAGAUUUACAUCGUCAAGUACACGUGCGGCUGCACCGAGAGGCGCGAGACACCUUGCGCCGAGUCGCCAAAUACACUUGGGGCAUGCAGCAAGGGAGUCAAAGAAGAACCCGACUAUAACCCCGGACCAUGCGAUAAACAUACUUAACGAAAGGCAUGAUGAUUAUGGUUGUCUCAGAAACACAAAAGUAUAUGAAUGGUUAGGGGGCGUGAAUGGUACCUAGGAUGGAAGAGCGAUUUGCGAGCGAUCGCAUAGAUACCUGAAUUGUCCUAUUUUGUUUCCCGAUGUUGUUCAAGAUCUGGCCUGGUGUCAGCGUUUGACAGUGCCACAGUCCCUCGAAGUUGUGGCAUAGUGGGAUUUUCUUUUGUCAACUCCUCUCGUUUUCCUGUUUAGAGAUUCUUUGCUUCGAAAUCUACGAUGUUAUGGUGCGGGUUAUUAGGGGCCA